AUGUCCUCUCUAGGCCUCCCGGACCCGUCCAACACGCCCCACGGCGACGCCGCCCUCCACCGGUCCUGGAACCGGUUCCUCGACGACCACAGCCUCCGAGCCGUCUUCCAGGCGUCCCCGGCCCAGAUCGACGAGCAGUGCGCCGACGCCAUCGCGGCCCUCCGGGCGUCCGGCGAGCGCCGCGCGGCCGUCGGGGACGCCAUCCUGCGCCUCUGGGACAGCAUCGGCCUCGUCGUCGACUGCCUGCCGCCGGACGUGAACCCGCACUGGAGGGCCGAGGAGCAGCUCCUCAAGCCCACGGCCCUGCGUCUCGCGGCCCGGAGGGCGCGUCUCGCCGAGGAGGAGCGGGAGCGGGAGAGGCUCCGCGAGGGCUUCUGGGACCCCAUUUCCUUCACCCUCGACAUGUCCGUCCCCUCCAAAACGUUGGAGGCUUCGGAGGGGAACAGGGAGAAGGGGGAGGGAAAGGACGAAAGUGAGACGACACUCGAGGUCGCCACGUCCCUCGCCAACACGGAAUACUUCCUCGGCCACUGCCCGGGCGACCCCAUCUUCUCCUACGACCGUCAACCGACGUUCCGCCCCGCGGACGAACGCAACUUCAUCUACCGCGGCCGCGUCCCGCGCAGACCCGGGGAGGACCUGCCGCGCUUGCAGCUCCUCCUGCCCCGGGUCCUCGCGCAGCUCGUCGUCCUCCUCGCCUUCUUCCCCGAGAACCCGUCCCUCAUCCCCGUCGAGUGCGCCAGGAUGAUGGGCGAGGUCGACAACCUCGAAGAGAGGGUGUUCCGCAUGAUCCGGAACUGCUGGCGAGCCAAGUUCGGGGCCAUGUCCGCCGCCGCCGCGGCGCCGUACAUGCACUUCCUCCGGAGCAGCCCGCUGGUGCGGGAGCUCGCCUGGCUCGUUUGCGCAGCGUGCCUGGACGAGAGGUGCCAUCGGCUGACCGAGGAGGCGCGGCGGGCGCGCCGCCUCUGGACCACGCUCCUGCCCGUCGUCGACGUCCUGACCUCGGACAGGACGGAGGGCACCUCGGCGUGUGAGGCGCUGCUGCGCAUCGCGAAGCUGCACGUCCAGGACGAAGACCGCCGGGCGCGGGAUAUGGUGUUCAAGGAGGGGGAGUACGGCCGCGCGCUGGUGUACAGGGAAGGUAUCCUCAUCAACAAGUCAAUCCACGCCUUUUACUCAUCCUACACCGGCCGCCUACGCCCUGCCGCCGGCGUCCUCUUACGGCCCAAUCCGCACCCGAUUUUCCCCGCCGAAUCAGACCCCGACGGUUUCGACACCGACCCCGUCCCGAUCCCCGACGAGGUCCUAGCCGCGUACGAGAGCAUCAGGGCGCGACACGAGCUCCCGCCCGAAGCCAACGUCGACGUCCCCGCGCCGCUGCCGGAACAGCCCAGCCGAACUGAGACGACCACUGUCGUCAGAACAGAUCGCCGGAGAAGGAGACCGGAAGACAAGGACGCCGUCUGGGAACCGCCGCGCAAGCGAGCAAGACGUUGA